GAAGGACCCAUGAGAACCCCCAUGGAACCCAGGCUGGCGUCCGGACAAAAAUUGACCCAAACGACCACUCCACCCAGGUUACAGUCCAGACACAAAAUGUCUAAUUUGGGUGUCAACUCAGGUGAACAUCCAGACAUCUGCGAGGGGGGUGGUGGUAUGCCAGGUCGAAGUCUGGACAAAUAUGGUAGAGUAGUGUAGCGGAACGACACAGUCGAUAAUGUUGAACGCGAGAGUUCGAAUCUUGCUUAAUGCUUUUUGCAGCUUCCAUUGGACGCUUGAAGUUCGAAUGAGCAAGUCGACUACUAUAUGUGAUGCCCACAAAAGUGCAACUGGCGCAAACCAACAUCUUUUAUGAACGAGCUCGACCUCGUUUGUCCCCCUAUUUUUCACCCUCAUGAAUGGAUUGGCAAAGGCCAUAAAUAUGAUUUAAAAAAACUUCCACAAUCAGUGGUCUUUGCUCGUUCUGCAGCACUCGAGAUUCCCCAAGGGCACAUACACCACAUCCCAUCUCGCGACCUUUCCGUUCACGAUUUUCUGCAGCUGUCAUUGCCUGCCCCCUCCUCGACCAUUGUUUCUGUGAAAGUCAAUUGUUGGUUUAGCCAUGACCCUCCAGACAUUGACUUAUCCUACCUCAAAACUCGGCCCAUCCCCUCUGAACGUGUAUUGGCAGAGAUCAACUCUGCCAUCAGUCAAGCAUGGCUCGACGGUGCUCAAUCGUUGGCGGACCCACGUUACAAUGACGGCCGAGAUCGUUUACCAUUGUGGGCCCUGACGUGGUGGCGCGAGUUCGCCACUACUGUUCGCCAUCAGACAGCUUGGAGAAAAUGCGAGGAAUGGCUUACGAAGGAGUCGAAAACAGCUGAGGCUGUCAUUUUGAUGAUGGAGGCUCACAAUCUCCUUGCUGUUCUGCCGUGGAGAGCAGACACUGGAUGGCGCAGCUCGACCUUGGAGUUAACGCAUCUGCUUGGGACAGACUGGAUAUCCGACGAGCUAGAAGACAUGAUGAUGGCACACCUUGGACGCCGAGCUCGCGCACGAUUCCUUCAUGCACGGAUACUCAUCGGAAGCGCACUGCUUGGACAGGCUGUGAUGGGUGCCACUAGUACCCAUGACAAGUCCUCGGUAAAGAUACCACUCCUCGAGCGCUACCACACUCAGAUCGUUAGCCUCAACUAUCAAAAGCUAUUUUUCCCAGUUCACGUACAGGAAAACCAUUGGAUUGCGGCCGGAGUAGACUUCGAUACGAAAACAAUUUCUAUCGACGCUAUCGCUGGUGUCUCGUACCUUGGCGUCCAAAUCUACCAGCAACAUUUUCAUCGUCAUUUUCGUUCCAUUCCUGAUGCAACCGCCAUGUUCCAAUGCAACCACUUUGCCUUCCUUCCUUCUGCUGCCUUUCUCUGUCUACUUUCAUCUAAGCCCAACCUAACGCGCUCGGGACUCGAACUUGCACCUGCAGACCUCACAGACUUCAAUAUCCUAUCAACUGCUUUGCCUCAGUUGGCGGAAGCGGCCAAAUUGUUCCGCAAGAGGACUUCGGGGAACGGGGCCACACAGAGGGAUGAAGAAGGCGAUUUUUGAUUGUUUUUUGCUUCUCGUGGCUAUUCUAAACACACCU